AUGGAUUUAUUUUUAAAUAAACCACCUGAAGCUCCACAACGACAAUUUAUUCGUCUUUUCGUUAAUACAGGACACAAACAAUUCAUUGCAACAGUAGAUCGCACUUAAUAAAAUCUGGAAGUACAGAUAGCUAAUUCAUUUGUAUAUACUUAAAGAGAGGAUCCUGAUGCCGAGGAGAUAUAGCAAUUCUAAGUCAAAAACAUAAAAUAAAAUGGCUAUUUGGUUGUGAUUCCUAAACAAAUGUAAAUUGGACAUGUCCUUGAUGAUCAAACGUUUAUCACUUGCGAAAUUAUAGAACCAAAAAAGAAAUCACAAGUUAAAAUUGAAUAAAAUGAAGGAUCAAAAAGAAGAAAUAAGCAACAGAAGGAGCAAAACAAAUUAGUAGAAAAUUUACCGGAUAUUUCCCCGCCAAGAACUUUACCAUAAUAACAAUAAUCACAAGAUGAUAAACAAACAAAUAAAAUACCUCAAAAUAAUUAAAAUCAAAAAUAGUUAUAAUAAUAAUAACAAAAAGACAAGGAAUAAUUGACUAAGAAAUAAUAGAAAUAAUAAAACAAAAACAAACAGGAAGAAGAGAAAUCAAAGUAACAAGCAUAGAAUCUAUAAGAAUAAUUACAAUAAGAUAAUACAAAAGAAAAUAAAGAAACAAAAAAUAAGGAGAAUUAAACUAACAAAGAUUAAAAAAAUUAAAUCUAAGAGGAAAUUCAAUAACAUGAAUCGACUAAUGUGAAAGAAAACUAACAAUAAAAUGAGGUAUAAAGUAAAAAAGAGACUAAGGAGCCAACCAACUAAAACAGAGACAAAAGCAAAGAGUAAAAAGAAAAAGAAAAUGCUUAAAACUCUGAAGUCAUCACAGCAUAGAAUUAAAAGGAGGCAUCAAAAAAAGAGAAAUAACAAAAUCCAACAUAAUCUUAAGCAUAAUAAAAAGUCUAAGAAAAUUAAUAAAUAAAAGCCUUACCCUAAUAAAAAUAGGAUCUUGAAGAAGAAAAUAAUUUUGGAACCAAAAAACAUCCUAAACUUGCUUAAUCUAAUGAAGAUCAAAUAAAUAAUACCUAAUAACAAAUCGUAGAUAAAGCUAAAUUAGAUAAAUAAGCAUAGAAUGUUGGAUAAUAAAAAUAAAAUGAUGAAAAAUAAAAGUAAAAUAAGUAAAGUAAAUAAUAAUAAUAAUAAUAAUAAUAAUAACAAUAACAAUAAUAAUAAUAAUAAUAAUAGUAAUAAUAAUCACAUAGUUAAAAAUAAUAGUAAUAAACAGUUUAAUAAAAAUAAAAUUAAUAAACCAAGAAGGUCAAUAAAGUUAUCAAAACAGGAUAUGAUUCAGAUGAAAAUUCUGACGAUCAAUAAUAGCAAAAAGUUAAGGUUGUAUAAAACUAAAAAUAAGUUAAGAAAAAUGAUAAGAAAUAAAGUAUUGACUUUGAUAAUAAUUUAUUUGAAAAUUGUUGA